CCAUUUCAACCCGAACCAAACAGAGAGUCAUUUUCCGUCGUUGCUUACGAGUUCUGAUCCGGUUCGGCAACUCAACUGACCUCCAGUCAUUCUCGCCUGCCAUUUCAUACGUUUUAUUUAUAUAAUUAUAUUAAUCUCUGGCACACCCAAUCAUCUUUUUUCCCUCAGCAAAGCACCCAGAAACUUUGAUUUUAAAAAAUCUAAGGGAGUCCGUUGUUUUUUGCAUGAGCAAGAGAGACACAGAAAUGGAGAAAGCACUUAACAGAAAUAGAAUUCUGCUUCAUCACUUAAACCCCACCUCCUUUUCUUCUUCUUCUUCUUCUUCUCAAACCCACGAUGAAUCUGCUCCUAUCUUUGCUUCAAAUUGUGCUGCUGGAGAUAGUGCUGCAUAUCAACGGAUGGCUGCUUUUGGAGAUGAUAUUGUGAUUGUCGCUGCAUGCCGCACUGCCAUUUGCAAGGCCAGGCGUGGAGGUUUCAAGGAUACCUUAGCUGAUGACCUGCUUGCUGCUGUUCUCAAGGCACUGAUAGACAAAACAGCAUUGAACCCAAGUGAAGUUGGGGAUAUAGUGGUUGGUACAGUUUUGGCGCCGGGUUCAGAGAGAGCAAUGGAGUGUAGGAUGGCAGCAUUCUAUGCUGGUUUCCCUGAUAAGGUGCCCGUUAGAACUGUCAAUAGGCAGUGUUCAUCUGGCCUACAGGCAGUUGCUGAUGUCGCUGCUUCUAUCAAAGCAGGAUAUUAUGACAUCGGCAUUGCAGCUGGAGUGGAGUCGAUGACUGUGGAUGGUACCGGUAGUGGCAAGUUUCGCCAUAUUAAUCCAAAAACAGAGAGUUUUGCCCAAGCUCGAGAUUGUCUUCUUCCUAUGGGAAUUACUUCUGAAAUUGUUGCAGAGCGAUAUGGAGUGACAAGACAAGAACAAGAUCAGGCUGCUGUUGAAUCUCAUAGGCGUGCAUCUGCUGCAACAGCUUCCGGUAAAUUCGAAGAUGAAAUUAUCCCUGUUUCAACUAAGAUUUUAGACCCUCAAACUGGGGAAGAGAAAUUAGUCUCCAUUUCUGUUGACGAUGGAAUCCGACCAAACACAAACAUGAUAGAUCUUGCAAAACUUAAACCCGCAUUCAAAAAUGAUGGAAGCACCACAGCUGGCAACGCUAGCCAGGUGAGCGAUGGUGCUGGAGCAGUCCUCCUCAUGAAAAGAAGUUUGGCAAUGAAGAGAGGACUUCCAAUUCUUGGUGUCUUCAGGAGUUUCGCUGCUGUUGGUGUGGAUCCUUCUGUUAUGGGCAUAGGUCCAUCUGUUGCUAUUCCAGCUGCAGUUAAGUCUGCUGGUCUUGAGCUUGAUAACAUUGACAUCUUUGAGAUUAACGAGGCGUUUGCUUCACAGUUUGUAUAUUGCUGUAAAAAACUGGAGCUUGAUCCAGAAAAAGUCAAUGUUAAUGGAGGUGCUAUCGCUCUUGGGCAUCCUCUGGGUGCUACAGGUGCUCGUUGUGUUGCAACUCUACUGCAUGAGAUGAAACGUCGUGGAAGGGAUUGCCGUUUUGGAGUCAUUUCAAUGUGCAUAGGUUCGGGAAUGGGUGCCGCCGCUGUUCUUGAAAGAGGCGACUGCACUGAUGAAUUAAGUAAUGCUCGACCCGUCAACCAUUAAUAGUCUCUUCUCUUGUCAUGGAUGCUCAGGAGAUAAAAAUUUCUUUUGUAUUUGGUCGCUGGCAGUCUUGGCUGAAGGAGGCUAUGGUUUCUACUUUUAAAUAAUCAUCCCCUGUGAGAUGACUUAAGAACCUAGUCUCAGGUUCAUGUCAGAUAUUGUAAUAAGGACUUAUUCUGAAAUACUGAUGUUUCAGGUUACCUGCGCAAGUAUUAAUACUGGCCCCUUAAUCUCUUUUUCACAUCAACGAAAAAACUCUUUUCCUAUUUGUUGCCAGUAUCAUCUGAGGAAUGCAAGUUUAGACAAUAUGCAUUAUCA